AGUCACAUUACAACAUCUACAGGCCAUCAGGGAAACAAUCGGACAGAAACCUGUUCAGACAUCCGUUUAAGUGUUAUUUGCCAGCUCCUAUAAUAAGCAAAAGCCUUUGUGCCAAAAGUCCAUGCCAGCACAUUUUCUUCCCUUUCCUCGAGCUCCCAUUCGCAGCCGAGUGGAGUCUAAGUCCAAUAUUCACCCCAGGUUUCCUCUCAGGCGCAGUCAAGAUGGCCGACUGAGGAGAAGCAGAGUAUCCGGCCGUUCGCUGUCAUUUGAUUAAUAUGUAUAGAGCUUUUAUUUUAAGUGUACUACUUCGAACUGAACUAGAUCAGAAGCUUUGAGUUUGUGGCAAGGAGCUUUUGAGUGUUCUCACUAGCGCAAGUUCUGUUUAAUGCCGUUCUGUAGACCAAAAUAAAUUCAAGAUGGUUCAAGACGCUUUACUGUUUUCUGAAUCCUCUGACCACGUGUUGUUUUGUGGACUUGGGAUUCUAGUAUCUGCGUAUGCACUGUAUGUCGAGACGAGAAAACACAGAGACAAUACAUACAAGGCUGCCUGCGAUCUUGGUGAGAAUAUGAGCUGUUCACGAGUUCUCACAUCUAGCUACAGUAAAGGAUUUGGAGUAGUGGAGAUCUUACUUGGCAAGGAGCACUUUCUGAACAUGCCAAACUGUAUUUUGGGUAUAGUGUUCUACUCCAUGCAGUUUGUUCUUGGUAUGUUGUGGUUUUCAUGGGUUCCGGCCAUGUUGUUCAUGACAUCAGUGGUGUCCUGUGUUGGUUCCGCCUAUCUUGCCUUUGUACUUUGUUUUGUGUUGAAAGAUCUUUGUCUGGUCUGUAUAGCGACAUAUGUGAUCAAUGGCAUGUUAAUGUAUUUGAAUUACCAGAGGUAUUAUUCGUAACCUAAGACGGCAACCAAGAAUGUACGCGGUAUCACUGCCAUCACCCACAAGAAAAACAUGAAAUGAACUCCUUGAAACCUGCAGUGGAAUGUCAGUCUCAUAUCCUAAACACGGUCAUGUGAAUAAAUUAUUAAUCGUCUUAAAAACUAGUUCACCAAGACAAAUAGUUUGAUCGGGAGCUGUAUGUUUGUACGACACGUAAGAAACCUCAAAGAUGAUUGAGGAAAGGUCGCCUUGUCACCCUACAAACAAUAAAUGAAUGCUUACCUCUGA